ACCCUUUGUCUUCUAUCCCGGAGAAAAGCUUCAAUCCAUUUUAAUAAUUUACCAUUAAUUCCAUAACUUUCAAGUUUCUUCAAUAAUCUAGCAUAUGGAACAGUGUCAAACGCCUUUUGAAAAUCAUAAUAAAUACAAUCAAAAUUUUGACUAUCGUCUAUCCAUUCCGUCCACUUUUCCAUAACUUCCAGUAACUGUAGAGCACAAGAUCUCAGUGUUCUGAAUCCAUAUUGUGAAUUUGAAAAUAGAUUGUUUUCAGUCAUAUGUUUCACUACUUGAUCCCUUACCACCUUUCCCAUAAGCUUACAGGGGACACAAGUCAAACUUACUGGGCGAUAGUUUCCUGCCUGGUUUCUCUCCCCUUUCUUAAACAACGCUUUCACAUUUGCCGUUUUCCAGUCAAUCGGUGUUUCUUCUUCUUCAAAAGAUUGAUGAAAUAAAAGAGUUAAUGGUAAACAUAUUGCAUCCUUAACUUCUUUCAGCACUCUAGGGUGUAAGAAAUCAGGUCCACAUGAUUUAGUUACGUUAAGAUUUUCAAGUAAUUUCAUGGUAAUUUGCUCAUUGAACUGUACUUCCAAGAUACUUUUACCAGAACUUCUAUCAUUUAUAUAUGGAAUAUUGUUCAAAUCUUCAAUAGUAAAUACAGUCUUGAAAAACCUAUUUAGUUCUUCAGUUUUUUCCAAGUCAUUUUCCGUAAUCGAACCAUCGUCUCUCUUUAAGUCUGCUAUUCCUGUUUGGACUUUUUUGCGAGAAUUCACAUGUUUGUAAAAUGCUUUCUGAUUUGUAUCCUCUGCAAUUUUUGUUUCAAAGUUAUUUCUGGCUUUAUGACAUUCACGGGUAGCUAUAUUACGUUGACAACAAAAAUAUUGAAAGUGAACAUGUUCAUUUGUUUGUCUAUAUUUGUUCCAUGCCCUAUGUUUCUUUUUCACAGCUUUAAGAGCUUCUCUAGUCAUCCAAAUUGGUUUAUUACCCCUAUUUGAUGACCUGAUUUUCUUAACAGGAAUAUAUAUGUUUUUUCAUUGAUUCUGUUAUUUUAUCUUUGAAAAAUAUCCAAUUUUCAUUCACUUCUUUACCUUGAAAUUCACUUAUCCAAUCAACAUUACUCAAGUCAGUUUUCAUUUCAUGAUAGUUUCCUCGAUCAUAAGUAAAUGACUCUUUCAUGUAUGCCUCAUUGUUGGAAUUACAGUCAAUACCAAAGGUAAUCACUAUAUGGUCACUUUUACCCAGGGGACUGAAGUAUUUAAUAUUGUUCACUAAAAGUUCUUCUGAUGAGAAAACAAGAUCUUUGGCCGUUUCUGUAUCUUGUAUAAAAUUCUAUGUUUUGAUGAAGAUAACUAUCACGUACAGCUUCUAUAAAUUCAUGACUUACAUGAUUUUCUGGCGCACUUGAAAUCCAAUGCUUCCAGUCUAUAUCACGAUAGUUGAAAUCACCCAUAACAACUACUCUCGACUGUGUUUCAUUAUUCAAUGCACUAAUCAUUUCAUUCAUAGCUACAGUAGCUAUGUUAUACUGCACAUACAUACCUUUUUUCCCUUAGCCACUCUGUUGAUUAAAUCUGUGUCUUGUUACCUAUCAGGAGAUAAAAUUGUCAAGAGCAUUCUUUCAAAGGUGAAUGGAAGAUUACAUUUUCUAUACCGUUAUAAAAAUUGUUUAUCGGAAGAAAUAAAGAAACAGUUAUGUCCUGCCCUUUUGCUGUGUCACUUUGAUUAUUCUCAGAUUUAGCUGUCCCUUGUUUUCAAAUUGUGCUUCUGGGGUGAAAAGGGGCUACACUUUGACCUAUUUCUCAGGGGAGCGAUCCAUGGCCCUGUUGUAUUUAUAUCUUUGUAGACAAUAUCAGAAUUUUGAACAUGUAGGAAAUUUGAUCUUUUUGAAGAAGCUUAAUAUAAUUUUCUGUUUAACAAGAUAGAUAGCAGAAGUUUAUGUUCAACAAUGCAGCUAAUGAUAUGAACAGAGUAAAAAAUGUCAUCUGCAGAAAGUCAUCUUAGCACUGCUGGAUUUUAUGGCAAGAAAAAUAAAAGGAAAUGGAUUGGAUUGGAAAAGUCAAUUAACAGUGUUGUGAAGAAACAUCAGAAGGAGAAAAUACCCAAAUCUUUUCCUUAUAGGAUUUUAGGACCCACAACUUCAUGGCAGAUAUUUUAUAGACAACAGGAAGCCUUCCAGUACACAAAAAGUACAGCUAAGGACUUGCAUGUAUUUGCGUUUGAGAGUGAGAGUUUUGAGGGAAACACAGGACAGAGGUUAUACUUGUCAACUAGCUAUCCUGUUUUCUGGCAUUACUAUAGUCAACUGGAUGAAGAUAAAAGAUUACACUAUGAAGUAAUACCUGAAGGUGCAGUAUGUAAGUUGUAUUUUGAUCUGGAGUAUGAUAAAACUGUUAACCAAGACUGUGAUGGUGACCACAUGGUGGCUAUAUUUAUACAGUUUGUAUGCAAGGCAUUGAUGGCUAUAUUUAAUGUAUCUUGUACAAGAAAAGAUGUUCUUGAUCUACAAGCAAGUACAGAGAGAAAGUUUAGUCGACAUUUGAUAUUUCAGAUGAAGAAUGCAGCAUUUAAAGAUAAUAUACAUGCUGGUAGUUCAAAAAUAAAUGACAUAAAGAGAGAAAUGCCAGACCAGGUUUCUACACCAGACACACCGAAUAUCUCCACAAAUCAAGGCUGUGUAAAAACAGAAUUACCUACUGAAAUUAAAGUUGAAACAGACCCAGUAAAUGAGUCGGUGAGUGAAGAGAAACACAGAGUAAACACUGGUCAUUUAGAUGUAAAUGAGUCGGUCAGUGAAGAAAAACACAGAGUAAACACUGGUCAUAUAGAUGUAAAUGAGUCGGUCAGUGAAGAGAAAAACAGAGUACACACUAGUCAUAUAGAUGAAAUUUUGGACUCAUUCUCUAUAGAGGACUUGAAGAAACUGAUGGUUAAUAGCAAGAAUGGAGAUGUGUUAUUUUGUGAUACAGGUGUUUAUACAAAGAAUAGAAACUUCAGAUUGUUCCUGUCAUCUAAACUUGGGAAGAAGAAUACCCUGGUUGUAGCAUCUGAGAAUGAAUAUUGCAGGAAAGUAGAUUCACAGCGAUCAGAACUUGAGAAUAUAUUCUACGAUUCCCUUGUUUCAAAUAUAGAGUACUCCAGUAGAAUGAAGAUUCUCACAUAUGACGACAAUAUAUCACACCAUGUUAAUGGUUUACCUCGGAGAAAACAAGACAAAAGUUCAAAAGAAGCUGAAUGUAUUGAUGGUUACAGCAAAUCCCCAUAUCCUGAAGUUGAUGAAUUCAUUCAGAACAUUAUAACACAGGAUUCUGGGAAAGGUGUGAUCAGGCAUUGGACCUAUUUUCAUCAGGGAGAACUACUUGUUUAUGAGAUAGCUAAAUACAGAUAUUGUCAUAACAUAGGAAGACACCACCGCAGUAAUAAUAUAAUGUUGAUUGUAGAUUUACAUGCAGGUGUUUGGUACCAGAAAUGUCAUGAUCCUGAUUGUCAUACCCAAAAUUACAAAUCUCCAGAAUGGCCAUUACCAAAGAAUGUGUUACCUGCCAGUUAUUUUGAUGAUGACCUUGACCUUGAGAUGGAGGAUGAUGAACUAUUGAAUACUACAGCCGAGUUAGAGAAACAAUACAUGGAGAAACAAGCCAACAUUUCAGGUGUAUCAGAACUUGAUGAUGAUGGUGAUGAUGAUGAUCUUGUUGCUGCUGUAACACUUCUAGAUAAUAGUAUACAGAAUGGUUGACAUUAAACUAACCUUCCAACAAAUAUGCUGUAUAUGAUAAUCAAUAUAUCUAGCGGUAAUAACCUCCGAAGUUCUGAAGAUUUUUGUAGAUAUUAAGUUUGAAACCUCUUCUGAGAUAUUGAGAGAUAAGUGCAAGAUUAAAUAUAGAGUAAUGAAGAGAAGACAGGCUAGCAACCAGAAAUUGAUGAACAAAUGGAGUUAUUGUAAAUGUUAGCUAUCAAACAGCAUUGAAAAGAAAUUGCUAUUUAAUGUAUUAACAGGAGAGUUGCUGAAAUGUUUACUGUCAUUAUUUGUGAGGAAACUGAGAACAUGAACAAGGUUCUAGAUCUAGAUGGUCAUGUGUUAGUAGAACACUGGUGAACUUGUGAUAUAUCUUCUACACAAAUAAUUAAGUCAUCUACAAGGAAUCCUGUAUAUUAUUUAUAAGCAAAUUAUAAUCCAUGUACAAGAAUAAUAUCAUCUGACUUACUUAUAUGUCAGCAGACACUAGAAAACUAUAGACCAAUAAAUUGACAUAAUGAAAUAAUGUUUAUAAAUCCAAACUGCGAUCAUGAAAAGCAGCUGUAUUUUAAUUAAUUUGUAUUUACAAAAUACAUAAAUUGUUUACAUGUAUGAUAUUGGCUUGAAGUUAAAAUUUUGUUUUUCUAAGAUAUCUACAAGGUUUUACACUGAAAUUUUAAGAUUAUUUGAGAAGGAAAGACAUAUAGAUGUUCAAGUAGAUAAUGUUGUAGUAAAAUUUAAUGAUUAUUGUGUGAAGGAUUUUUAACAUUAAUGAUGAAGUAUAAUUAUAUGACUGUUAACAUUUGCAAGUUAUGUGUAUUAUCAUUCUGUAAGUGAUUUUUAUUUGUUAAUACUUAAUGAAAUCAUAUUUUUAAUAAAUUUUAAACAAAA